AUGUUUGCAUGGCUUUGCCGCUGCCGAAGGAGAGAUCUGGACAUUGAGCUUGAUGUUCCAUCUCCCAUACCGACAUCUCCGACUCUUCCUAUCGCCACAGCUGGGACGGUGUUGGCGGAGCCCAGCUCCGAACCUCCGACUCUCGUCAGCCGCCGAAGGAACCCAAGGCGAACCAGGGUCUUCGUGCGGAUGCCAUCGGGCGAGAUUCUGCCUGCAGAUGUGGAUCUUAACUGGACCAUCGCGCAAGCAUCCGACUACAUCAUUGCGAACUGCAGCAAUGAGUGGUUGGAAGGCUUGGGUGGAACCGGUGAUGGUUACAGCCUUCGAUUCAAGCGGAAGAUCCUGCGGAAGCAAACAACCUUAAAAGAGAAUGGUGCCGAGAUUGGCAGUGUUCUGGGGUUUGUGCCCUCAGAUGACGAGCCAAGCCAGGAGAUGUCGUCCCCGUAUUCCAAGAAUGAGCUCUCAGAGCAAGAGCUGCAAUGA